ACUCAACGAGGAAGACUGGUCACUUGACUAUGAUUUAAGUGGCUGUCAAUAUAAUUGGUAUCAGACGGGCCCUCUCAAAUACAAACCAGCUGUCGUGUAGCCAUUACAACUGCUGUUUAAUCUACCAGUCCAUAAGACUCUUAAAGAUAGGAGAACUAACUAAUAAGAAUCCAAUUAUGACGACAUCAGCAACAAUGGCGAACAGUUUUAACAUAUCCACAGAGAUGAUUGGAGGAAACGACACUGUGGGGCACAGCUACACCCUCGAAGAACUCAACGAUAAAUAUACUCAACAGAAAUUAGGAGGAAUAGUGUUUGUGACGCUGUUGAUGAUCACAGGAGUGAUAGGAAAUGCACACGUUCUUUACUUGUUUGCUUUUAAAUUUCCCAAGUCGAAUCAUCGUAUUUACAUCUUGUGUCUGGCAGUUCUGGAUAUGAUCACUUGCUCAAUUGGGAUGCCUUUCGUCAUUGUGGAUCUGCAAAACACUCUGACGUUUGAAUCAGCUAUUGUCUGUAAGCUGCUCCGGUUCUUAAACUAUUUCAAUUCCGGCGGGUCCGCAUUCACUUUGGUUGUUAUAGCAGUUGACAGAUACAAGAAAAUUUGCAACCCUUUGGGGAAGCAAAUGAAUGAACGCAUGGCCAAGAUCGCAUGUUCCAUCGCUUUAUCAAUAUCAUUAAUACUGGCAUGGCCUGCUCCCGUAUUGUACGGGAGGAGCACAGUUGAUACUCACGUCGAUGGAAUAACUGGAGUAGCUUGCUUUACAGAGGACAAAUUUAAGAAAACUAAAUAUCAGCUCUAUUUUAACAGUGUCUUGAUUCUAGUUGUUUUUGGAUCAUUUGUAACCCUGAUUGUACUUUAUUCCUUGAUUGGACAGCGAAUAUGGAAACAGGGAAAGGCAAGAUUGAAGAUGCUGAAUCCGACAAUACAUGUUAGUGCUCCUGUGGUCGAACCAGCAUCAAGCUCGAAUUCCGGUUCCGGUACGGAUAACUCUACAGAUAACACUUUGUCCGGGGAGGCUGUGAUGAAUACAAACGCAUCGAGUACUGCUGAGCUAACCAAGGCAGAACCAUUGCAGAGGACAGAAAAGGAAAAGUCACAGCAAAACGAGACAUCUAAAAAGCCCGGGCCAGGAAAGAGGUCAAAAAUCAACAAUGAAGCUAAGGUCACCGCGCGCGGUAACAAAACAAAGAAAACAACUCUAAUGCUUUUCAUAAUCACAGUUGUUUUCAUCGGAAGCUUUGCCCCUCACCUAGCACUCAAAAUAACAGUGUUCCUAAAUAAGAAAUUUCUAGAAAGCCGAACAUUUGCAGAGGCGUUCCUCUACCAUACAUUUGUCUGGUCGUUUUUUAUUAACAACAUGGCCAAUCCAAUCAUUUACGGAUUUUGCGAUCCUCGUUUCCGUCGAGAGGUCAGAAAUAUGUAUAGGAAAUUACUCCGUAAACAGUACAAGGCCAAUGUUGUUUAAUAGUACAUAACACAGAUCAUUUACAUGUACAAUGAUGUUCAGUAAUGGAGAUUUGGUUUUGAAAUUACGGCAAAUUGUGUGAAUGAUUGUAAUAACGUAAUACUGUUUUUAAUAAGAGGAAGCAUUAUCGUUUUAUGUAUGCCUGUUCCUUUGUUUUAUAAAGAUAGGUAAUGUACUGCCAAUAAUAACAAGGCAUCGCAAACGAUACAAAUCCCCUCGCGUGCUAACACAUGAACUCUGACGCUAAAUGGGGGGUGGGGUUAUUGCAGGACAUUGAAAUAACAUCAGUUGUCAUUUGCACUGAACUGCAAUAGACAUGGAUGGGCUUAUUAUGAGGCAUGGGCUCAUUGCCAGAUAAAUAUGGUAUAUAUUGUUAUGCAUUCAACAGUAUCUGGUUACGCAUCACACUAGCAACUUCAUUUCCUGAUAGUUAUUAUAAUUAUGUGUGUAUCUAAAUGCAUAUAUAAGCAUUUUCCUUUGUUCAGAAGGUUUAAUUGGCAUAGUACAUGAUUAUUUUCUUAUAUGGAGUCCCAUUCAAGAAAAAUACAGAAUGCAAUAUAGUCACAUGAAGACUAUAGGUGUCAAAUCCGUGACACGUUCAAGGUAUUCCCAUGCUGGACCCAUAUAUGAAGUUUGGUCAGGAUCCAUUCAAAAAUGAAGUCGCAACAACGCUGACAAAGAUUUUCUUUAAAUAGUAACGGUGAGCUUGACCAUAACCUUGGCGCCCUGAAACACGAACUUGUUUGAGGUAUUGCCAUGCUUGACCCAUAUAUGAAGUUUGGUCAGGAUCCGUUCAAAAAUGAAGUCGCAUUACAGCGCUGACAAAGAUUUUCUAUAAAUAGUAACGGUGACAUUGGCCUUGACCUUGGCGCCCUAAAACACGAACUCGUUUGAGGUAUUCCCAUGCUGGACCCAUAUAUGAAGUUUGGUCAGAAUCCGUUCAAAAAUGAAGUCGCAAGAGCGCUGACAAAAAGUGAACAUACGUACGUACUUACGUACGAACGGAACGCUAUACCCCUCCCCGACUUUCGUCGCGAGGGGAUAACAAUAAAAGCGAUAAAAACAACUACCACAGUGCAGGAAGGUCCGUGAUCUCGGAUGAAAAUAUAUACCGACCCAUGUAAGAAUCGAAUUUCAAUCUUCUUGGAUCUUCAUCUGUGAUAGUAUUUUCGACGCUCUACCGAAUGACAUAUCGCAACUUCUGUUAGAUAUGUUUAAGAAAUAAAUGCAGUAUCUUUCAACAUUUGUCCCUUUCAUGUUUAUAGAUAGGGUGAUCAUGCAUGUUCGUGCAUACAUUUGCGGUAGCAUGAUAAAGUGAUGGAGCGGCGUAGUGUUAAGUCCUUGUCUUUCACAUAUGAAACAGGGAUUCUAUUAAAAGAUAUGGGUGUCACCUAUUUGUCCACGUGGACAUUUCUAGGUACUCCGGUUUCCUCCAACAGUACUCGCUUAUAUAUAGGUCAUUAAGAGUGAUUAAUAUAACUUGACGUGUUGCAAAAUAAAUAAAGUGUAUAGUAUAGAAGCUAGAGUAUAUACAUUGCAGAACGUUUAACUCUAGAAGGACAUUUUUGAUCAAAUUGUACAUUUUAAGAUAUUGGUUCGCGCAAGUUAUUUUAUUUUAUGUAUUUAUCAAUUAUUAUUAUUAUUGUUUUGAGUUAUUGAAAAAUAUAUCUAAUUUGAGAUGGAUGUAUCAAAUGUUUUAUAAAAAUGAUUUCUUCAUUAAAAUGUAACCCAAAACGGA